AAGGAAGUUGACUCGGAUUUCUAUCAAUGGAAACUAAGUGGAUGUGGCACCGUAGAGGAGCAGUCUGCGGCGGAUAGCGGCUAACUAUACCUCUGUUGAAGCUCCUUAAUGAAGGCGACCAGAGGGAACAUGUUGGGCGUUGGAGUAUCCAACAACAAGGUCAAGUACUCACGGCUGGCUGCCGAUGAAGAAGGCUACAUCGACCUGCAGUUCAAGAAAAGCCCGCCGAAGGUGCCGUACAAGGCGAUCGCGCUGGCAAUAUUCUUGUUUUUGGUCGGCUCCUUGCUGAUCAUCUUCGGGGCUCUCCUUCUGUCGGGAACCAUCAAGGUCGAGCACCCGGACCGCACCAUUCCCGUCAUCAUCAUAGGACUGCUCGUUUUCCUUCCCGGGUUUUACCAUUUGAGAAUCGCCUACUACGCCGCAAAGGGUUACCGGGGCUUCUCCUACGACGACAUCCCCGAUUUCGGCGACUGAGCCGAAUGGCAGCUGCGGAUCAGUGGAAACUCUUUCUCUCUCUCUCUCUUUCUCUCUCUCUCUCUCUGCUGUUUUUGCUUUGAGUUUUCCAAAUUGAAUGUAGCAAAUGUGGCAAAAACGUUCACAUCACUGUGAAAAAUGUUGCUGAUUUGGUUCUUGUUCUUCUUCGUUGUCUUUUCGAUGCUCUGUUUUGAGCAUCAUCCUUCGACAGCUUGGCGAACGUUAGCGGCUUAGAGGCUUCAUAUACUCAACUUUAUUACCAGUGAGCCGUACGCCUCACGAGGACACUUCUGGAGACCACACAGAUGCCUUCGACUUCCUACCGCGAGAACGUCCACGGCCUCGGCGACUGAGACGCUUUUGUGUUCUUUGCACAGCUGCACAGCUCGGCAUCUUAAACAAAUAUUUAUUUGUGACUGUAGUCCAUAUGAUUUCAUGCAAAGCUGGCGGGGGAAGGAGGGGGGGGGGGCUGUAUUUCUCCCGAAGAAUUGUUAUAUUUGCAGUCCUAUCCCAAAGAUUGAUUGAAUACCUUUUUGUAUUUUUUUUCGUCGACUGGAAUGUAUUACUUUCCGUAUGAAGUAUUUGCUGUUUGUGCAUAUUCAGUUGGUUUUUGAAUAUCAAAGAAAUAUGUAUUUUUACAUGCACGUGCUUGAUUAAGAAAACAAAUAUAAAAUAAAAGUUGAAAGUUU